AUGGCCAACCCCCGCCCAAAGCUCUCGACUUUCCUCCCACCAGUAAUCCUCGGUGGAGGCGUUUACAACACCCAGAUGAACCCGGACCCUUCCCUCCUUCCCGUCCGCGCACUCAUUGCCCGCGCCUUCGCCGUCGGCAUAACCGCAAUCGACACAUCACCCUACUACGGCCCGUCCGAAAUCCUCAUCGGCGACGCCCUCAAGCACUCCUCUGCGCCCCGCGACUCAUACCUUAUCAUGACCAAAGCCGGGCGUAUUGCAGAACAAACAUUCGAUUACUCCCCCGCAUGGAUCCGGUCCAGCGUGUUGCGCUCAUUGCAACGUUUAAACACCACAUACCUCGACGUCGUGUUCUGCCAUGACACCGAGUUCGUUACGCCCGAGGCCGUCGUUGAGGCCGUACGAACACUGUUCGCCCUCGCCGACGAGGGAAAGAUCCGGUAUGUCGGCAUCUCUGGGUACCCGCCGGAGGUGCUGGCGGAGCUCGCGGUGCUGAUACGGCAGCGGCUGGGAAGGGCGGUUGAUGUGGUGCAGAGCUACUGCCACUAUAAUCUGCAGAAUGGGAAGCUGGCGGAGUAUGUGCCGAAGCUGAAAGGGGAGGGUGGCGUGGACGUGGUGCUGAAUGCGUCGCCGCUGAGUAUGAAGUUGCUGUCGGGGAGCUAUCCGGGGGAUUUUCAUCCGGCGCCGAAGGAGCUGCAGGAGAGGUGUGUGCAGGCGGAGAAGUGGUGUCGGGAGAGGGGGGAGUCGCUGGCGGGGGUGGCAAUGCGGUGGGUGUUUAAGAAUUGGGAGGGGAGCGUGAUUACGGGUGCGAGCUAUGUGGAGGAGUUGGAGAGUAAUUUGGAGGCGUUUAGGGAGGUGCGCGGAGAGCUGGGGGGCGUGCAGGUGAGCACGGAGAGGUUGAAGAGGCUGGAGGAGUUGUGGAGUGGAGUGAGGGAUAUAUUGGGCGAGUAUGUGGAUUGGAGUUGGAGUAGUCCACCCGAUGGGUACGUUAAAUGGGGAGAGAAGGUGGCCCAGAGUAAGCUGUAG